GGGGGUAAAGGAAGGAGAAAAGUACGAAACAAAUACAUGCUAAACCACUUCAGUGAGCCAUUUUUAUUAUGCCGGAAAGUCAGUCUGACAGCGACGCCUUUCAAAGUAACACUUUGUUCUCGAAUAUUAGCCGUUUCCUUCCGCGGUUUGUGUCGUCUGGUUAGCCUUCGGUUGGAAUUAGCACCUGUCCUCACACCUCUGCUGUUCUUCUCCAGGUGGCACAAACACCGUGUAAUUAUCCCACGGUGUACCUGCGUGGCUUCGCGGAGGCGAAAGCGAGCGCGUGCCUCAGAACAGGUGUCAGUAAUUGCUAACAGUUUUGCACUUGCGUGUGUUCAACGAGAGCACGGCAGAAAAGUUCAAUGUCAGUGACGAUGAUGUGCGACAAGGAGAAAGAGGAAAAAAAUAUUACAGUUACGGAUUUGAGGCCCCUCAGAUUUCCCUCCAUUGGUCCCAGAUGACAGAUACCCCUGUCGUCCUAGUUCCUCCAAGCUGCCCUGGUAGCCUUUGACCUCGCCCGGCACCUCUGCCUCUGCGAACGCUGCCCUCGCAUUCCAGCCGAAGGAGCUGAAACCUGAGCCCGCGGUGAGCUCAUCACCCGGGCCGCGGAACCAAGAGUUAAGCGAUACCAAAAAAAAAAAAACUAGAGAAAAACCUGAGAGAGAAGAAGGGGGUGAGGCAGCCGUCGGGAGUGGGAUAGGUCUGGAACUGGUUCUGUGCGCCUGCCUGCCUGCCUGCCUGCCUGCCUGCCUGCCGUGUCCUCCUCGAAGGAGGUCGAGUUUCACCGGGGAAAGCGAGGAGCACAGAGGAAGAAGUGUCUGUGAAUCCUCCCUGCUUUUUUUUGUUAUUUUUUUUUUGUCCGUCUUGUUUCUUCUCCUUUGUGGCCUGACCGACCGAGCGGCUUCCUCUGAACUCACGGCGGCAGGAACCCACUGCACUCCGUCUGGGCUUUCAAGUUAGCGAGACCGGCCGCUCUCUUCCUCGUGCCUGGGAUGUGAGCAUUAAACGCUGUGGGGUCGCACUCUCCGUUCUCUCAGCGCCUCUGUUCUUCCUCUGACCCUGCCAUGACCACCAAGUGACUGGAGAUGGUUGCUGGAUCCAAAUGCCGCCCCCUGCGGGCUUCGCGGUGGUCUGGGACCAGCAGUGUGUGACGGACAGGCGAGCGAAGCCUGUGGUGGCCUUCUCCUGCGCGUCUUCAAAUUGGCCCUGGCUGAGCUCUUUGUGGAGCGGCGAGUGAAGGGUCCCGCCAUUGUUUGACGUCUCAGCAUGGAUGGAGUCACCACCGCGAAUGAGGCCGUUGCUCUUCAGCUGAGGACUAGCAUUUACGGGAUUACUGUCUUUGUUCCCAACUAACUGUAAAUUGUUGCUAGACUCUCCUGUGGUGGACAUUUUUGCAGGAUCUGGGUUUUUUUGUUUUUGUUUUUUUUUUUUGUGGAUACUUACAAUUUAUUGCCCUUUUUUGGGGGGGAUAUAUAUAUUUUUUAUUUUUGGUUUUCGUUUUUUUGGUUUUCCACUAUGGAGUUUCUUUCUGGACCGUGGAAUAAAGAUUGGGCGUCGUUUUUGCAGUUUUGGUUAACUGUCAUCCUUAGCCUUCAAAUGCAGUUCAGCCCAAUUGCUUCUUGCCCCCAAGUGUGCCGUUGUGACAAAGCGUUUAUAUACUGCAACGAACGCAGCCUGACAUCAGUGCCUCUGGGGAUAGGGGAGGGCUACAGCAUCCUCUACCUACACAACAACCAGAUCAACAAUGCCGGCUUCCCUAUGGAGUUUCACAAUAUAGAAUCCAUAGAAGUUGUUUAUCUGUACGGCAACCAGCUGGAUGAAUUCCCCAUAAAUCUGCCCAAAAACACAAAAGUCCUGCAUCUUCAGGAGAACAACAUCCAAACAAUCCCCAGAGCAGCCUUGGCUCAGCUGAGUAAACUUGAGGAAUUGCACCUUGACGAUAACUCCAUCUCUACAGUGGGGGUGGAGGAAGGGGCCUUUAGGGAGGCGCAAAGCCUUAAGCUCCUUUUCCUUACCAAGAACCACUUAAGCAGUGUUCCUAUUGGUCUUCCUGAGGACCUGAAGGAGCUGCGGUUGGAUGAGAACCGCAUAGCUGUUAUUGCAGAGGAGGCCUUUCAGAAUGUGACGCGCCUGCAGCGCCUCCUGCUGGACGGGAACUUGCUGACGGACGAGGGCAUAGCGCCAGGGACUUUCAGGGACCUGGGCUCUCUCCGAGAGUUGGCUCUGGCUAGGAAUUCCCUCACCUUUCCCCCACCCCUCUUACCCAGCCAGUCUCUGGUCAAGCUCAGUCUGCAGGAGAACCUGAUUGACCAGAUCCCUGUGGCGGCCUUUGCAGACCUAAACAGGCUAGAAAGACUGGAUAUUUCCUCCAACCAGCUGCAGACUCUUACGCAAGGAGUGUUCGAUGGCCUGUCGAGCCUGAAGCACCUUGUGGUACGCAGCAACCCCUGGCGUUGUGACUGCUCUGUCAAGUGGGUGGUGGUGUGGCUCAAGUCAUUGCCGUCCUCCAUCAACGCCAGGGGGUUUGUGUGUAACAGUCCAGAGAAGGUGCGAGGCAUGACAAUCAGAGAGCUCACGCUGGAUAUUAUUGAGUGCCCUAUUUUCCCUGACCAAACGCCCUGGCCCACUCUCCGCUCCACACCCCCUCCUCCACCCACCACCACCCCUAUAACAACCAUGAUUUCCACCCUCAUAACCACAUCUAACCCUUACUACUUUGACUCCCCCUCUCCUCCCUUACCACCCAUCCAUAAUAACCCCUCUGGGCCCCUUCCCCCCUAUGAGGAUCCCCUUCAGAUCUCCUUCCAUGUGGUCAACUCCACCAACAUCGAGGUGAGCUGGGCGUCCUAUUUCACCGUCACAGCUUACAAAGUCACUUGGGUCAAAAGUAGCCAAAGGCAAAACGAAGGGAUGCGGGAGAGGACGGUGAGCGGGGAUCGGCGCCACCUGAGCCUCACUGACCUCGAGCCCCGCUCGGUGUAUCGGAUCUGCGUUCACGUUCUGGACACCCUCAACUCCUACCGGCCAGGAGAGGAUACUAUCUGCUCCGACGCCAGGACCAAGGCGCCCGCUUCCACUAAGCCUCCUGGGCGCGAGCAAGCCCCGCAGGACACCCUGAACUCCACGCUGCUCAUGGCUGGGAUUAUAGGCGGAGCGGUAGUCAUCAUCCUGGUGACGCUGCUGGGCUUGUUCUGCUGGCACAUGCACCGGAAGAGCCGGUCGUCCUCGACCAAGUGGAAAUACAACCGCGGGCGGAGAAAAGACGACUACUGCGAGGCGGGAACCAAGAAGGACAACUCCAUCCUGGAGAUGACCGAGACCAGUUUCCAGAUAGUGGCUCUGAACAAUGAGCAGCUGCUCAAGGGAGACUUCCGGAUCCAGCCUAUUUACACGCCCAACGGGGGCAUUGGAUUUAGAGACUGUCACCUCAGCAACAACAGCAUAGCCUACUGCAAGAGCAGCAACGUGCCCAGUACAGAGUUCUGCCACACGUGAUGCAAUGCUCGGACGGACACGGACCAGAAACAACUGCUUAAAUACACACUGUUUGUGUAGAUGACAUCUAAAAAAAAAGAAAAAUAUACAAAAAUUCUAGUGAAAUAUAACUGUACCAUAUAUAUUUCCAAGAUCUGUCUACAAUGUAAUUUAUACUGUGGAUAAUAAUGUGGGAUUCUCUGCUAUCUUUUUUAUUCUUAGAAAAAAAGAGACACAAGUGGGUUUUUUUUCUUCUUUUUUUUUUUAAUAACCAGCAGGGUUUUGAAAGUCGUUUCAAUGGUCAGUACUGUACACGAACAUAGGUUUGUACAAUCACGGCACCCUGGGUGUAGCUCCUGACAGACAAAUAUAGCGUCAGCUUCAGAAACGAAAGGGCCGCUCCAGAGGGCUGGGAUCCUUUGCUAACCACAGAAACAAAAUAUGACCUUUACUGGUUAUUAUCCUCACAACUCCAAAAAUGAUUAUUCCCUUCCACCCCAGUCACUCCCCCGGUAAAACGGAGCAAGGGGAAUCGAAGCACUGCUGAUUAGUGUGGUAAAAUAUAUAUAAUUAUAUAUAUUUUUUGAAUCUAAGUGCACUUUCUUAUUGACAGCAGCCGCGCAGGAAGUGAGCAGAGGUGAUGGAACUGUGGAUAGAGAAUGUCAAACUUGAGUAUUUGUUGAAAUUUUCCCAGAAGUGCCACACGAUAAUAAAAAGCAUCUUUGUUCUGUUGCUUCACAGAGGAGGUUAGAGUAGUCGUGACACAAACAAAAAGUCUAGAAAAGGAUGUGCAGCUUUCAGCGAAAAUAAUUAAUGUAGGCUUAGAAGCAACAAAGGAUUGUUGUCUCUAAUGAGGAGACUUGAAGCUCCUUUCUAAUUGUACCGCGCUCUUAUCCUGUCUUUUUCUUGGCCUAAUCUUUUGGCCACAAGGGGGCAGGUUUUCCUUCAACUGUGUGUGUGGGACCAAGUAACGGUAGAGAGGCCAGAGAGAUCACUUUACCUCCAUCGUUCUCCCCAGAGCCUUUUGCCCAGACAGCAUUACUCACGCUCAAACAGCAUAGUCAUGCUCAUCGAGCUACUUAAUGACACGGAAGUGUUUAAAACUAACAGUGUUUUCAGUGUUUGGUGGCUAAAUGAUAUGGAUUUUCAGCUGUGGUAUAAAGAUUCCUCUGAGAUUGGAGCAAGAAAGAAAGAAAGAAAAGGGGUUGGGGGAGUAAAGCUAUGAAUCUGGAGAUGGCUCACACAUAACGCUAAUUAUACACCCACAUAUUUCAUCCUUGUCCCGGCGUUUAUUAGACAUAGUGAUGAAUUAGAAAAUGACUUUGAGAUCACACCCUGCCCAUGAUCACGCCGAGCUCUUCGCCUAGCUCAUCAUUAUUUAUCUCUUUGUCCCCGGCCCGCUCCCCCCCCUCGCGAGGCGCCUCAUUUCACUUUCAGGUUUGCCCGUCUCAAACGUUUGUACCUGCUCUCUUUAGGGCGGCAGUAGCUGGAAGGAUGAUUCACACUCUGUCCAACCCGAUUUACCCUUCAUUUCUAGGCKGCAUGCUCUUGAUCCCUGCAUGGGCUCAAUUAAAACCCUCUUCCUGCCCUUCGGCUCAGACGCUGCGGCGGCGGCRGCAGCAGCUCUUCAGCGUGUGAGAGGUCUCCAUUUAUGCACUUCUCAGGACUCUAUUUGAUCUGACACAAUUUGAUUUUAAGGCGGCCAAGCUUAAAGAAUUCCCACCCACCUCUUUCCUCGUAAUCCUACCAAAAAAGGAAGAAAAAUAUGUCAACCUUAUUUUCACUUGGCCGCAUGAAGCCCGCUCCAGAUGAAACGGUCUUUAACUCCUUGCGAGGCUCCACAGACGUGUUUUAGACUGUAGGAAACAUUUAGAGCGGAAAACGUUCCAGGGAUUUUUUUUCCUUUUCCAAAAUCUCAAAAUUAGUUGCGUUUGAUUUUAAUUCCAGCCGUGAUCACUAGUCAUAAGGCAUCCCAAACCCUACUGCUAAACACAGAAACGGUAAAUACACAGYAURAUAAAACUGUUWRACAAUUGGCAGGUUAUGACUGUCUUUCUAUUUGUUUUUAAACUGAGGUUAAUUUCUUAAGAGUGACGAGUCCAUGUCCAUCAGAAAGGAUUAGAUUUUAAAAAAAAAAACAUAUCCAGUUGUAACACCAGCAGCAUUUAAAAUCUAAUUUACGGUAGUUACUACGCAACCAGUAUUGUCAAAACAACAAAUUAACAGAUUGUCACUACGACCUCACAAUUUUCAAGUCGGAAUUAGAAGUCGGUUGCUUUUUUUUUUACUGACUAAUUAUUUGCUUUGACUGUAUUCGAUUUUAAAGUAACACGUUUCAAGAACACUUGAUCAUUUUUCCUGAUAAUCCGAUAAAAAAAACAGGAGAAAAAUCUGCAGCGUUAAUUUCCUACCGGCUGCGUGAAGCUCCCUCUAGAAGAUUAACUUUAUUUCUUGGAGCAAAUUUUACAGAGUAGAUGAACAAUUGAAGCAGAAAAAAAAUAACAAACUUGUUCCAGAUCACGGAGAUAAUCAGUGGAAGUUUUUAUCCUCAGUUUUGCAAUAUUAGCUUCACUUGUCUGUAAUUCCAGCAGCAGAACCGGUUGUGUUUUUAGCAAAUUACAUUUAGCACAUAUCAAGUUAUUUUCUGUKUCWGCCCUGGUAGAUUUAUAUGUUAAAUCAGAUUUAAAACCUGACGGGAAACAAAACGGACAUCUUAGGAGAACAAAAUUACAGAACAGGAGUAUCCACUUUGGGGAAAAAACAAAAUGGGUCAGCUGUCCAACCCAAUUAUUGAUUUUUCCACCAAUCAAUAAUUGGUGGAAAAAUCCUUUAUUUUUACAUUGUAGCCAUCAAACCCUUUUUCUAACUACUGACUAACUUUUUCCAAUGUUUCCACUGGAAAAGGUUUUUUGUUAAUUGCAUCACAUCUUUGUUAACAAUGUUCCAGUCGCAAAUCAUAAAUUAGCCAAUUGCUGUGUUGAUGGACCAGACUAUAGUUUAAGCAAUACAAGCCAGUUGGAUCAUAUUUUAUGGCUCCAAACGCCAAAGGGAACAUUUUUACAAAAAUAUAUAUCUCACAGCAGAUACUGAUGUUGAACCUGAUAUCAUAAAAUACAGACAGCAACUUUCGCUGUUUUUCUUUCACAUAUUCAGUGGGAGCUGUUAAGGAAAACUAGCUUAGCGUAUCACAAAUGUUAGAAAUGGGCAAGAGGUUCAAUUUGAAAAGAAAAUGAUUCUCUCUCGCUGAUUCGUAGAUCAAUUAWCAAGCAUGAUUCAURCUUGGCCUGAGCCAGGUCUUGCUGUUUUGUGUGUGUUUUGAGUUGAACCAACUGGCUGCUUGCCAUUCAAAAAUAAUGAGUUAUCAGUUUGGUCAUUAGUAUGAGAGUGAGGUGUGUUAGUUCAACUUUUCCUUUAAGUAUUACAUAGUCAGCGGUUCUGUAUGAAAUAAAAUACCUAAAAUAAAAAACUGGGGUAUUCCAUUCCAAAAAUGAAAUGGUAAAUUCUUGCUAUAUUUCAUUUUUCUUUGUAUAACCUGCCAAUUCAGCUACUUUUUCAUAAACCCCUAGAAAAAAAAAGAAAGUAAUCAAUAUGGAAAAUAGACAUUUCUAUAUUGUCUCCAUACCAGUAUCACAGGAUAUGACCCUCACUUGAACUCAUUUUUAAUUCCCUCCAUUCCCAAACAAAAUCUAGCAAAAUAGUAUCAAAGCGCAUGUCGGUUGUUGCUUUCWUUGGCCAAACAUUGUGGGAAUUCUUAGGUUUGAUAUGUUAAAAGACUCUU